AUGGCGACCUCAUUACUGAGACUCGGACGACUCGGAUCUCUCAAGUGUCUCCAGCAGGAAAGCUGGGGCGCUCUGAGGACCCAGUUCACUGCUGCAUUCUGCACUAAAGUCGCGGAGCCCAAGAAACCAGCAAAGAAAGCGAAAGCUUCAAUCGUAGAGGCGCCUGAGGAGAGGGCGGCUCUGCUAGCCUACAAGACCCCUGUUGCCUUUCCUACUAGACUUUCCGCUCCUGGAUUAAUCAGUCAAGGUGUCGCACUGGGUGCCACGUCUCCAGAAUCGGCCGAUCGCGGUUCUGGCGGAGCCGAAGCAGAAACGAGUCGAUCCAGUGAGGCCGCUGCAUCCCCAGUAAAAGAAACCAGUCAGUCAAAAGAUGAAGAAUCUUCUUCAUCUUCAUCCUCGAGUGACUCGGAGUCGGAUUCUGAUUCAGAUUCAGACGAUGAAAACCCAGACGAGCCUAAAAAGACGGAAGAUAAAACUAAACACAGGAUUGAUAAAACUGAAACCGUAGUCGAGCCUGGAGCGAAGAAAGAUGACGUCUCAUCCAGAGCUGAAAAAAAUAACUUGACUGUUGGGUCCGACCCAGUAAAGAAGCCAGAACUUCCCCCUAAAAUAGCUAAAGAUGAUGUUGCUGCGUCUAAAGAUGUGUCUGCUCCAAGUGCAGACACCCAGGAGGUCGUUGACCCUGCUCCAACCUUAUCUACAUCAUCUGCUGAGGAGAUCGCUCAUGAAAAGCAAGCAGAAGCACAACCUGAAUCUGUCACAGAGGUUCCUGGGUCCGACCCAGCAAAGAAGCCAGAGCUUCCUCCUAAAACUGCUAAAGAUGAUGUUGCUGCGUCUAAAGAUGUGUCUGCUCCAAGUUCAGACACCCAGGAGGUCGUUGACCCUGCUCCAACCUUAUCUACAUCGUCUGCGGAGGAGAUCGCUCAUGAAAAGCAAGCAGGAGCACAACCUGAAUCUGAGGUUCUUCUGGAUCAGGCGUCUUCAGAAGCAGUUCCACAAGCCAAAGAUUCUGCCGCUGAGAUUCCUGAGACAGGAGCUACAGAUACGCCAAAAAACGUCCCUGACUUUGCCAAAGAGGAGGAACCCGAAGUUAGAACAGAAGAACAGAGGAACGUUUCUGGAGCUGAAGAGCUGGUCGACGCCGCCCCUGUCAUUUCUGAUGCAGCAGAAGCCUCCACUGAAAGCGGAGUAGCUGCAGCACACCAGGAAGCUGCUCCAGCACCAGUGGCAGCAGCACCAGCACCAGCACCAGAACCCUUCGACAACAGCUCCUACCAGAACCUGCAACACCACAGUUAUCACACCUACACCUACGUAGACAUGGACGUGGAAAUGGCCAAGCAUCGUCUGCCCCAGCCCUCCACAGGAAGAGCCUCACCCAGGGACUGAGCUCUCCCUCGGCGGGGGUCGUGGAUCCGUCCCUGCGCUCCGUAGUGAUCAAAGUCCCGCCGCGUUUGCUUGGCUCUGGUUUGUUUAUUGGAUGGUUUAUUGGAUGGUUGGUCACACUGCGGCUUUUCAUGUGUAAGACACGUCUGCAAUUAUUAAAGUAUAUUCAUUCAUAAGGAGAAAAA